CACCACACGCUCCCUCAUUUAUUAUCUUCACCACUUUCACUCCCCCUCCAAUUCCAGAAACCAAUCAAAACUUCAAAACUACUUGUGCAAACAUCACCUUCAUGGAUCAGCUUUCUGGGUUUCAUGUACUUCUUAGUUUUUGAUUGUUUGAAACCACUACUUUUGAGACAUGGAGUUGGGUGUUUUUAGUGCUUCUGUUGCUGCUGGUGCUGGUUUAGUACUACUGGUUUUGUUGGGUGGUUUUCAGUUGGGUUUCUCACAAAGUGAAGCAUAUGCAAGGAGUUAUAUCAGCUGGGAUGAUUUGAAGGUGGAUGAGCAGAUGGUCACUGGUUUGAACUCUGGAAAUGAAGAGCAAAACGGGACACGCGUCAUUGUGGUGGACAAGAAUGGAGAAGGAAACUCAAUGACAGUUCAAGCAGCAGUUGACAUGGUUCCACACCAUAACACCCAAAGAGUCAAAAUUUACAUUCUUCCAGGAAUUUAUAGAGAGAAGGUGCUUAUACCAAUUACCAAGCCAUACAUAUCAUUUAUAGGGGACCAGAAUCGAACUUCUAAGACUGUAAUUACUUGGAACAGUAAGGCAUCUGAUAAGGACAGCAAUGGCUUUGAACUAGGAACGUACAGAACAGCAACUGUAGCCAUAGAGGCUGAUUACUUUUGUGCAACAGGGAUCACUUUCGAGAACAGUGCGGUUGCAGUGCCUGGAGGAUAUGGAAUGCAAGGAGUGGCUCUUAGAGUUGCUGGGGAUAAGGCCAUGUUCUAUAGAGUAAGGGUUUUGGGAGCACAAGAUACAUUAUUGGAUGAGAAUGGAUCGCACUACUUCUACGAAUCCCACAUUCAAGGAAGUGUGGACUUCAUAUUUGGAAAAUCAAGGUCACUCUACCAGGACUGUGUUAUCCAAUCAACUGCUAAGACCUACGGAGCAAUUGCAGCUCAUCAUAGAGACUCACCAAAUGAAGAUACAGGGUUCUCUUUCGUGAACUGCAAAAUCAUCGGAACUGGAGAUAUCUACUUGGGAAGAGCUUGGGGAGCUUAUUCAAGAGUCAUAUAUUCCUUUUGUCAUAUUGACAAUAUAAUAACUCCUCUGGGAUGGAGUGACUGGAACAUGCCACCAAGGCAGAGGACUGUGGAAUUCGGAGAAUACCAAUGCAGAGGCAAAGGAGCAGAUAGAAGAGGCAGGGUACCAUGGUUGAAAUCUUUUAGUCCUGACGAGAUAACCCCUUUUCUGGAUACCAAAUUCAUAUAUGGAGAGCAAUGGCUUAGACUAUAGUUUUGUAACUUUUUUCAUAAUUCUUUUUUCUUUUGUAUCUUCCAUUCUUUUAUCCACCUCAGUGCCAAUAGGGUAGAUAAGCGACUUAAUCUCAAGCAGCAUCCAACAGGGAAAUUUGUGUACUUAUUUUUUCAAUAUUUAAUUUGAU